CUUUCUCUCUCCUUCUCCCAAUCUCCCCGUCGAAACGCUUUUUUUGCUGGAAUAUCAUUUUUACCUUCUAAUUGCCGACGUUUUUUUUCAAUUUCUUCUUUUAAAAAGUCCAUUUUCAUCAAUCCAAUGAGUUUUACUCCGAGUCGGUCUCAAUCGCCGGUUUCAAGUGAAAGUGAUCCUGCCGUUGGUCCUUGUCCAUUCCUCAUUCAAGUCUAUCAUCAAUUUCAUACUAGAAAUCACAUUUUAGACGUAUUAGACGAUGUUGUACCAUCAAUUGAAAUUUAUGGAUGGAUGAAUAUGAGUUUAUACGAGCUGGGAGUUUUCAUCGCCGAAAAGAUAUUGUUUCAACAAGAAGAUACCAAGCAUCCAGAGUGGAUGCUGCAAUUUCGUUUCGUUUUCCAUGAUAGGUUUAAAGGAAGACCCUCCUCGAGAGAUAUGGGUACGAUAUGCUUGCAUAAUCCAAAGCUAUUUCAAGGAAGCAAGCUGCUGAAGGCGACUGGGAUGAAAUGUGGAGAUCGUAUAGACGUGUGUAUUAAGCCAAAUAAAAUACGUCUCCGAAAAUGAAAUAAAAAAGCGAUAUUAUCUGAAGAAAGAAGCUUAAAACACAAAUGCUUUCAAUGACGGAAUGGUCCUUUCCUAUCUAAUGAAUCAUGUUAUAUUAAAAGGAAUAUAAAUUUUGGACAAGGCAAUCAAGUUUCAAUGUGUAUAUAUUACCCAAUGUUUCUCUUAAAAAAAGUAAAAUAAAGAACCAUGGAAAGGCUUGCUGAAUAUCUGCUCUAGAAUAUCCUCAGAUUCCAUCUAUUGCUCUAACAAGAUCUGUUUAGAUCAUCUAAACAUCAAUCUUUUUCACAAAGCUACAGGCAUUCUAAUUACCCUACGGCUUCAACUGAUUUCACAUUUUGCACAAGCGCCGCCCACUGAACAAGCCUUGGCUGAGCUUAUGGAAGGCACAUUUCGUAACAGUCUGACAAUUACUCAUCUUACCAAGUGCUGUCAAAAAUGAAGCUUCAAGAUUAUAGUCUCUUGAUUUUUUUUUGUUCAUUUCAAUAUCUUUUUACUAAUUUUUAGUAAAAGCUCAUUUAUAAACGUC